CACUCUUCUCCAUAUCAGAAGCGAAUUGGAGUUUGCGCUGGAGGGAAAUGUUUUCGUACCCGUCAAGAAACCAAGUCAAUAGUAGAGGGAACGGAAAGAGUUCACAUUAACAGUCUUAGCAUAAUAACUCAAACACGAGAUUGGAGUUGAACGGUGAGGUGGGAGUGUACAGUUAUGGAGCUUAUUAAAGAAGAAGCUGCACCGGAGGAUGACAACAGAGGGCGGCAGAGGGAUGGUCUGACAAGUGUCUCCUCGAAACAAGUGCAAAGAAACCAGUUGGAGAUCUGUCCGGGUUUGGUGUCUGGAGAUACACAUCCUAUGUGCCGCGGCCGGGAUAGGAGUGAUCCGGAGCCCAAGGCUGGCGACGUAGCAAGUGAUGACGGGUUUCCUGUGGACAAAACAAAUAAUAAGAGAGAAUCUGGUUGCACGAGAGUAAACAACGAGGGGCUGUCAGAUGGCCGCCAGGGCAAGAAGAAACACCGGCGGCGACCCUCCAAGAAGAAGCGCCGCUGGAAGCCUUACUUCAAAUUAACCUGGGAGGAGAAGAAAGAGCUAGAUGAACGCGAGACCGCCCGUGCGUCGCGAGUGCGCGCCGAAAUGUUCGCCAAAGGUCUGCCCGUUGCCCCAUAUAACACCACCCAGUUUCUGAUGGAGGAGCACGACCGCGAAGAACCUGACCUCAACACGGAGCUGGGCGCCAGAAAAUCCGGGGCGAUCCGCUCCGAUGACACGGCCAGCGAAGAUGAGAAUUUUGAGGGCGAAGAUGAGGACGAGGAGGAGGGGGGCGGUGGCGGAGGAAGCGACGGUAUGGGCAGACCCGGCCACGCAAGCGGAGAGUUUUUGCAGAGAGACUUUUCUGAGACCUAUGAGCGGUACCACGUCGAGACUCUCCAAAAUAUGUCUAAGCAAGAACUGGUUAGGGAAUACCUGGAGCUAGAGAAGUGUAUGUCACGGUUAGAGGAGGAGAACAACUGGCUUCGUCACGGCCGGAGAAAUCCCGAGUCCCCGGCUGACGGCACCGGCGCUCUGCGCGUGCGGGAACUAGAGAUUGAGGUGGAGAGACUGAGAGCCGAGAAUAACGAGUUAUUACUCAAAACCCCCAAAAGUAAAGGUCCAGGACUAAACCAGUCUCAGUCGUGCUGAAUCUAUGUGUUUUAUUUAUGUUGUACACGUCAAAUCGUUGCUCUGUCUUACUGUAAAAAGCAUCUCUGUGGUAGCUAAUACCCUCCUCAGCCUUUGCCAUCCGAAGGUAAUGUUUGAGACAGAAAAUUUUAUUAAAUCUUUCGUGCGGUCCCACAUAUUUGGUCAGUCCACAAUAAUAUACGUUAGUGAUUUGUACAAUUAAAUUGACAAAACGAAUAGCCUACAAUGUUAUGUACAAGAUUU